AUGAUCCUACCUGCUGGAGAAGUGGUAAUAUUUCUUUCCAUCACUGCACACCACCUUCCAGGGGAAAUUCACCUCAACCUCACCAGGCUAUCACUGCAGCUGAGCUUCUGGAAUCAGAUAAAGAAGAGGCAACAAGAUGUGGUGAGGUUUCUGGAAGCCAAUCGCAUAGAGUUUGAAGAAGUGGAUAUCACAAUGUCAGAGGAGAAAAGACAAUGGAUGUAUAAAAAUAUUCCUGAGGAUAGGCAGCCUGCACAAGGCAAUCCACUGCCACCACAGAUAUUCAGUGAUGAUCGGUACUGUGGAGUUUUUGAUGGCUUUUUUGAAUCAAAGGAAAGCAACACUGUUUUCUCCUUUCUUGGACUGAAACCUACUUUGGCAUCAAAGGAGUCAGAACCCUAGAAAGCCUAUCUGAAGUAUCGACAAGCACAUCUCCUGGAUGAACGACCCUGUUCUUCAGCACACAACAGCUUCCAUAAUGGAUCACUGUGAUAGAGCAAACAUGCAUCAUUAGUAGUAGUCUGCUUGCCAUGAGGCGGUGGUCUCCAAUAAUGUGGACUUAAUAACACAUAUAUGAAACAGGAUUAAGGCCGGGCUACUCAUCUUCCUUUUUAAAAAUACUCAUUGCUGGUGAUUUACUUUUGUCUUUGGAUGUUUUUUGCAACUGGCUCUGGUAUUCUAACAAACACAUAUGUUUGAGAAUAAGGAGUGAAAGUGAAGGGCUUCUGUCAUGCAUGGAUAUACUUACAUAGUCAGAUUCCUUACCUUUUUUAAUUCUUGCAGCUACUGUUAGUUGAAAUUAGCUCACCAUGAUAGUUAAAGUGCUGGUGGUUACUAGAAUGUUUAUGCUGGCUAUGAUCCAGAAGGUAAAAACCAUCAAUCUUAAAAUCUCAGUCUAAGCCAAUAACUGCCAUUUUUUUGAUGUACAUUUGUUUUUUUGUGCUGUUUUGCUUGAUCAUGUUUAUUGUAAGAGCCAUGGGCUGAUAACCUUGUUCAUGAAAACUUGAUUUGUCUAAUGAUGCACACUGCAAUUGACUGUUUAAAAACAGUUGUUACCAUGGAGGAGGUGCCAAAGUGAAAUAACAGAAUCACAGAAUCGUCACAGAAUACAGAAUCACAGAAUAAUGUUUUGACAUGGUUCCUGUUCCAAAUGCAGGUGAAAUGUGCAGGAAAACACUUGGUGGAAAAUAACUGAGUAGUUCAGAAGAAGAGGUUUCAUAGCUAAUGAUAAUACUAAGUUAUCUCUUAACCAAGAAAGGUUUAACACCCAAAGUCAGAACUCUGUAGUUGGACUGUCUUAAAAUGAAAUUUUGCCAAAACCUUGAGGUUUACCUUCCAUAACACACAGCUCCACCAUUAGCCACAUGAGAGACAGGGGAUACUUUGAGAGGCAGGGAUCAGUGCCAUGGAUGGUUAAACAGUCUACCGUGGUCCAAGAGCACACCUAACUUGCCCAGCUGUUGUCCUAGUUAUAACCCCAGGUGUGGAAAUGUGGAGGUGCCUCACAGACAGUGAGAAAGCUGAGUGUGUGCUUUGCUGGAUGAGGCCACAGUGGUCAGCUCAGCUGAGGAACAGGAGCCAAGUGAAGGAAGUGGAGAUUAUUCCAGUGGGACUGUAUUGAUGCACAUAGCAGAACUUAGGCUCGUCACUUGCCAAUAACCAUUACAAAAUGCAUUCUAGACAGAAGCUGAAUUACAUUAUGCAUUUUGAAUCAAGUCUGACUAUGAAAAUAACAACUACACUGUCAUGUGGCUUUUACUCAAGUGAUUUUAUAAUGACAGGGUAGUGCCAUUCCACUAAAUGUCCAUAUGUCUUUGGCUAAAUGGAAGACAAGCAUUAUGUGGGAAAGUUUCUUUGCAAUCACAGCGUCACUCAGACUGUGUGUCUUGAAGGAAGCAAAACUUGUAAAAAGUGUCAGGAAACAGCACUGUCUGUGCAACAGAUCACAUCUGUUUAAAUCAGUAACCAUGGUAUCCAAGACAUGUUAGUUGGAAGGGACACCUGGAGGUCAACUGGUCCAGCACUGUCAAAAUGAGGGGUAACACCAACGCUAGCUUGGAUCAGAUAUGGGUUUGUCUAGCAGAAUCUUAAAAAUAUCCAGAGAUGAAGAUCUCAUAACCUGUUAGGUAACCUGUGCCUGUGCUGCAGUAGUCUCCUGGCAAAAAAUUUCUUUUAAUGUCCAGCCUUAACUCCUAGGCUGUAAUUUGUGGCUGUUGCCUUUGCUGUGUUUUCUGACACUCAUUGGCACCAUCCUUUUUGUAAUUGCCCUCAAGAUAGUUGCAGGCUACCACUAGAACACCUCUUAGCCACCUUCUUACCAGAUCAUGCAAACCUGGCUUCCUCAACCUCUCUUCACAGGCUGUGUGCUUCAGGCCCCUGGCUGCUUUGCUUUGGUGGAUGACUAUGAUUUCCAGUUUGUCCACAUCCCUCUUGAAUUGGGAGGAGGUCCCAAAACAAUAUUUUGGAUGUGGCCUCACCAGUGCUGAAUGGAAUAAUAACUUUCCUCAGCCUGCAGGCCCCCACACUUCUUCUGAAGUAGUGCACUGCAUGCUUUCCCCUAUUUGCAGUGAGUACAUUGCUCACCUGGCAUUCACUAACAUCCCCAGGUCUCUUCAGCAGGGUAUUACUCUGUCAGUCGCUUCCCAGCCCAUACUGAUGCUUUGCCACCCUUAAGAGCAGAACUUUCUACUUUUUCUUAUCAAACUUCAUGAGGUUUCUGUUAGCCCAGUCCUUAAGGUUAUUGAGAUGCCACUGGACUGAAGCUCUGCCAGAUGUUACCAACCACUGAACCAGGUUCAGGUGUUGUUUACAAAUUUGCUGAGGGUGCACCCUACGUCAUCACCCAAGUCCCUGCUGAAGAUGCUGAACAGUAGAACUGUAGCCUCUCAGAUGCUGGACAGUAGCAUACUCAUGACUACAGAAGUAUGACAUGAACAAUGUUCGUGACUACUGUUUGCUGGAGUAAAGAGCAGGUUACCUUCCUAUCUGUGUUGUCUCAGCUACAAAUUGCUUACAGCCGUGUGGCUUUUCCCUCUAGUACAAAGCCAAGAAAUCUUUAAAAAUGGAGAUGUUGAAGGAGUCCAUCCAUAAAUCAGUUUCUCUUUGGAUCCUCUGGUGCCUCCUCAGCUCAGAUAAAGGGCUAGAUGGAGUAAGAGCACACACAGAUUUCAAGUCUAUGUUGUAUUUACUGGUCAAAACCUUAGCUACAGCACCUUCUCUAGAGGAAUCCUGAAUGGGAGUUGUUAACAUGCAUAUACAUAUAUGUGUAUACAUAUAUAUAUAUGUGCAUUUUUAAAACUUACGUUGUCUGUGGUAAGUUAUUGUGACAUUCUUUGUCAUUGAUCCCGUAUUUUCAUGAGACUUGAACCUCACUAUAGGAAGGGAAUGGGACGCGUGGUGGAGCUGCAUGUUGUUAACUUCACCAAAUUCAGUUUAACUAUUCCUAAAAAAAUUUUAAAUAUUUAACUUUGCAAAUGAAUAUGGAUAUAAAUUUAUAUAAUUAUGCAGUUGAUUAUAGAGAAGCCAUCCUGGAUUUAUCAUGUACUUGAUAUGUUGUAAACUUUGAGAACUCCCUGAAGUCCCAGUUUCUAAAAACCUACCUAAGUGUGUAAGUAUAUACACAUGAGUAAUCCUGGGUGAAAUCCCAGGUUUACUGAUGUUCUGAAAGGCACACUGAUUUCUCCAGGGAUGAAAUCAGUUUCACAAAACUCAUCUUGAAUUUUGGUAAUUGUAGAAUAGAAGCCUCCCAUUCAGUGGAGAGCUAGUGCUGUUACAGCUGUUAGGUAAACCUAGCUUAUUUCAGAGCAUGCAUGUGGACAUAAUUAGUUGUAUGGAGGACUACACUAGCUCCAAAGAUAUCCUGCUUGCUUGCAUGGAUUGGCAGUGUAAGUCCCUUAGAAUAUGUGCUUUUGAAUAAUAAGUGGCUAGGUUUUUUUAAAAAAAGCAUGUAUGUUGCUUGAGUAUAAAUUUGGUCUGUUGUGCAACAGCCUUAUUUUUGUAAUUAAAGCAAGUAGAGUUCUAGUUUGUUACACAAGGUGAUCCGGAAUUUUUUAAACCAGUUUUCUAAUAAUGGAAUGUAACUGUCGGGUAACUGAAAAGGUCUGUGGAAACUAGAGCCAUUUAUUGAAAGAAAUAGCAAAUUCUUAGUUCUGUUUCAAAUACUUGGAUACAAAGUAUCUUGAGAACCAAAUGAUCCCAAUCUUUAGCUAAUAGUUGUAACUACCCAACUUUUUAAAAGGGAGAGCAGUGUGAAUUAAACUGUAAAUCUUUGUACCUAGCUGAAGUUGCUGUGUGGGCUGACGUGCACCUGCACAUUCACUGUAUCAGUGGCUUUGAUAGAGGUGAUAUUAUUUGUGCCACACGCUACUGGAUAGUGCCUUGCUAGAAAGAGGACUGUUUCUGUAGGGUCUUCUUAGACAUGCUUAAACUUUGAACUGAGAAAAGGGUAGUUUCUAUAUUGCUAUUUUUUUAAUAAUGCAGUAAACUGAUUUUGAGGCCUGAGUCAAAAGACACAUGCUUUGGAAGGUUGAAACAGUUCUUAAUAAGUCUUCUGAACACGUGAUUUUUCAUAGUGUGGCUUUCUCUCUUUUUUUUUUUUUUUUUUUCUUGACUGUCUAGAAUCAAACCUUCCAAGGGAAGUGGACCUGGAGUAAAGCCCCUAAAUCCAUGAUUACACUUUAAAAUAACUGACUCAAGUGUUGAGCAGCCCAAGUGCUAUCACUGAAAUGAAGAGUUGCUACCAAGCUCUCAGUGGAUUUCUUGGUUGUCCCUCCCUGCCCUGUCCCUCUGUCAGGCCAUUUAUUUAGGGAGUCCCAAUUCAGGGAGUACUGUGAUUCAGAACACUGAGAUUUUAGGCAGUGCCUUGAGACACUUCACAGGAGUGCAAGAGUGGGGUCAUCACCAGGAAAGUGCCAAAUCCCAUUAGUCCACUGAUUUCACUAGAUCUUGGUGCGAGCAGUGGGAGGAGGAGGGAGCCCCACGUUUGUCCUGCACAGAGAGCGGGAGCAGAAGACAUGGUGUGGAAUGGCCAUGGCUUGUUGUUGGCAGCCUGAGCAGUGGUUCUAACGGGGCCCUUGGCUGGCAGCACCGUGUGCAAAACCACACAGUGCCACCCUCCACGGGACUCCAGUUGCAUCAUGGCCUAUCCUUCAUCCUCUUGCUUCCUGAGGAAUACGGGUGGGAAAAUGGAGAACAGCUUCUUGAGAGCAGUCCUUCAGCCAGGGCAGAUCCUGCUUACUCCCUUCUUCCUAUUCUUUACCUUUUCCUAAUGUGCUCUGUCCUGUCCUGUGUAGACCCACCUGCGUGCAAAGCUUCCACUCCCGGCCAUUUGUAACAUCCCUGUGAGGCUGCAAAUGCAGAGCUGGUGUUCACCUUCACCGCGUCAGUGUUUCGUAACUCAAUGGGAGAGGGAGCACGUUGCAUCCUAGGCUGUGUACACGUGGAGUUUUAAAUUAUAUAUUAAUACCGUGUUCAUCUAAUAAAAAGUAUAUUUCAAAAAAGA